AUGAAUUAAUUCUCAGAAACCUUUAGAAGAUUUGAUAUUUUUGGAUAAGAAAUAAGACUCUUGGCCACUGGACAAUCAGCUUAUCGAACCAAUAUUGGGGCUUUUAUGACCAUGGCACUCUUUGCAAUCCUGGCCUAUUCUUGUAAUUCCUUUAUUUUGGAAAUGAAUAAAGGGAAAAAUGCAAUUCUUAAUUCAAAAGAAGCUGUAAUUUCAAGCGACGAAGGCUAUACGUUUAAUUCUUCUGAAUAUAUUUUCGCUGUUGGUCUAUUGGACAACUUGGGAUAACCCAUUCCAAAUGAGAAUAAUCGAGUGUUCACGAUCAGUUUUUAUUACUGUAAUAAGUCACUAAAUGAAACUACAUGUGCGUCCAUCCCUGGAAGAAUAUGUGGUAGCAGAAUUCAGGAUAUCUCAUUACAUUUAAACAUCCCAAAAGAAUAUGAGGAAAUUACGUAUUGUAUGGAUGAAGAAUACAUCAAGCAAAACCCAGAAAUCAGAAUCCAAGGUUCUACUAGAUAAGACAACUUCACACUAUUGGGGGCAUUAGUUUAACGUUGUUAGAAUGGUACAGAAUAUAAUCGUACAUAUUUAUUCAUUAAGUUAGAUUGUGCCUCAAAUGAUGACAUCGAUUCAUAUAUCAAAAAUGCCAAUCUUUACUACUCUUACUCUUUUCAUUAGUUCAAUAAGGAAUUGGAUAAUUCUCCUUACGAGAAAGCAUAAAGCAUAGACAUUACGCCCAUGUAUUAUAAAGUUCGAAAAUACAUAAAAAUCUAUUUUUAAUACUCAUAAAGUUAACUAGAGUAUAAUCCCUUCUAUUUCUUUCCUUCCUUUGUCUAACACGAUGGCUUUGAAUAUUAAAAUUCUGCAGUCGACUCUGCUUUAAAUUUUGAAGACGACACGAGUUUUGCUCAAAUAGAAAUUAAUUUAGAUGCUAAAAAACGGAUUCAUUUUAUCACCUAUUAAACUUUGAUGGAUGUGGCUGCCAAAAUAGGUGGCUUUUUCACGAUCAUUAGAAUAAUGUUCGAUUUUGCACUAUUUCCAAUCUAAACCAUUCUUUAUCGACUCUAUUUGAUGAAUUGUUUAACUCAUCAACAACACAACUAUAAUAACAAUAAUACUGAUAUGCCUAAAAGUACUUCAUCUGAGUCCCUAACAUUUUUUAAACUUAUCAAAUCAGGCAAUGCAAGAUAGCUAUAUCAAAAUCAAUCGCUUAUGAUUGAUAAAUUUUUGGACAUAACAGAAAUACUUAUUAACCCUUUAAGGUUUAAUCGGUAGGUCGAAGAUUUGUAUGGUUCGCUUAAGAGAUUUGAUAUUGUGAGUGCUCGUCAAAACAAUCUCAAUAUAAAUUAAGAGAUUGAUGAGUUGGUGGCUAAUAAUAAUGAGUUUAAUGAUAAUUAAAGCAUCACUCCUAGGACGAUAAAUUUAGAAAUGAAGUUGGGAAGCUUAACAAAUUUUAAAGUUCCUCAACUUCAUGUAAAUUGA